UUCCCAAAAUGGCGGACAAGACUGAGGAUAAAAAAGAAGAAGAGGAUGAAGAAGAAUCAGAAGAAGAGGAAGAGGAGGAACCAAAGCUCAAAUAUGAAAGAUUGGGAAAUGCAGUAAAUGAUAUCCUGAAAGGAAAGGAGUGUGCAAGCUGUAUGGCUGUACAUUCAAAGUUUCUGGCGUUAGGUACUCAUUAUGGUGUGGUUCAUGUCAUGGAUCACCUUGGCAACAACAUAAGAAGCAAAGAAUUCCCAUCACAUACAACUGCUGUAAACCAGAUCAGCAUUGACCAAAAGGGUGAUUACGUUGCAAGCUGCUCUGAUGAUGGAAGGGUUGUUAUUAAUGGAUUAUACAGUUCUGAGAAUAAUGUACAGACUAAUUUUGACACUCCCAUUAAGGCUGUGGCACUGGACCCAGAUUAUUCCUCAAAACAAGCAAAAAUGUAUGUCACUGGAGGAGAAAAGUUGAUCUUGACAGAGAGAGGGUGGUUUAGGAACAAGACCACUGUGCUCCAUGAAGGAGAGGGAGCCAUCAGAACCAUCAAAUGGAAGUCCCAUUUCAUCGCCUGGUCUAAUGAUGUGGGUGUAAGAGUCUUUGAUGUGAGCUCCAAGCGAGUAAUUACAUACAUCAAAAGGGAACCAGGAAGUCCUAGACCACAGCUGUACAGAUGUAAUCUCAACUGGAGUGAUAAUGUGACUCUCUUGAUUGGAUGGGCAAACAGCAUUACGGUUUGUGUGGUUAAAACUCGAGAGCAAGAGGUUCGUGACCUUCCUCCUCGCUAUGUUGAAAUUGUUGGCAUUUUCAAGAUGGAUUAUUUUAUCAGUGGGAUUGCAACUCUAGGAGAUGACAUAGUUAUACUGUCAUACCUGACUAACAUUGAAGAGGGUGAAACUAAGAAAGUCGAUAACGUAUCUGCCAAGCGACCUCAACUCCGUAUUUUGUCUACAAGCAGUUUGAAAGAACAUGAAGAGAUUUCAGCUGAUGCUCUGUCCAUCAGGGGAUAUCAACAUUAUCGUUGUGAUGAUUAUCACUUGGUGGGGUUUAUUGACGUAAUAAAGUAUCCGUCAAUAAGUGGCUAUCAUGAGAAUGUAACAGAAGACAACCUGUUUUAUAUUGUCAGUCCGAAAGACAUUGUUUUGGCUAAGCCCAGAGAUAUAGAUGAUCACAUUGGCUGGUUGAUGAGUCAUAACAAAUACGAGGAAGCAUUAUCAGCCGUAGAAGAACACCAGAAGGAAGUCAAGAAACAUAAUUAUCAGGAUAUUGGGCGCGCGUACCUCAAGUCACUGAUGGACGCAGAAAACUAUGAGGAAGCUGCAAGAAUGUGUGUGAAAGUGUUAAACGAUGACAAGAAGCUGUGGGAAGACGAAGUGUACAAGUUUGCGCGGAAGAACCAGUUAAAGGCAAUAGCACCAUACAUUCCAAGAGGAAACGUGAAGCUCAGCUCAGCUAUUUAUGAAAUGGUUCUCUAUGACUUCUUAAAAACUGAUUACCAGAAAUUCCAGGAUCUAGUGAAAGAAUGGCCAGCCGAACUGUACAGUGUUCAAGCUAUUAUUAGUGCUAUCCAGGAGCAACUAGAAAAGGAUCCCACCAAUCGCUUACUACUAGAAACCAUGGGAGAAAUGUACACUCGACAAAAGCGAUACGACAAAAGUCUGGCAAUAUUUCUAAGAUAGCCACGAAGAUGUUCAUAGAUAACUUGGACAAAGUCCCCGUUGAUGAAGUUGUAAGCCAACUUAAAAAGCGCCCACAACUUCUUCAUAAGGUUGGUUUGUAUGCUGAGUUUGAUCGUGAUCGUCUUCUGCCCUUUUUACGUAACAGUAACUACUACCCUCUGCAAAAGGCGCUGGCUGAGUGUGAACAGCGACAUCUUAUUCCAGAAAUGGUUUUUCUUCACAGUCGCAUGGGAAAUAACAAGAAAGCUUUGCAUUUGAUAAUUGAAGAACUAAGGGAUGUUGAGAAGGCAAUCGAGUUUUGCAAGGAACAGAGUGAUGAGGAUUUAUGGGAGGAUCUAAUCCAGUGUUCUCUUGACAAACCAGCAUUCAUCACCAGCCUUCUUCAUAACAUUGGCACACACGUCGAUCCUAUCAAACUCAUCAAGCGUAUUCCAGCAGGUAUGGAAAUUCCUGGCCUAAGAGAUUCGCUUGUCAAGAUCUUGCAAGAUUACAAUUUACAGAUCUCAUUAAGAGAAGGCUGCAAGAAAAUCCUUGUAAAAGAUAGUGCCUCACUUAUGCAGAGAUUAAACAAAGUUCAACAGCGUGGUGUUAGUGUAGAUGAAGAGACGACUUGCUCAGGGUGCCGUGCUUCAGUCAUAGCUGAAGAUAGUCGUAAGGCGUCCAAUAUCGCUGUAUUUUUCUGUAAACACGUUUAUCACGAAGACUGUCUGCCAUCGUUUAGAGACGUGGGCCCGUUUUGCCACAUCUGUACUGGACACAGCCAAGUAAAGAGACUGAAAUCACUCAAAAGCCGCACUGGUUCAAUGUACAAAUAAGAGAAAUUUCAUUGGCUAGGGAUGGCGUGACUUAAUUUGUGCAUGACAUGCUAGACAUACCACAGUUAUCGUGACAACUAUUUCGCAUUAGUUUGGGUUGAUAUCCGUUUCGUUGCGUGACGGAAGCGACUCUCAUUCCUUACAGGACAUGAAAGUACGUGAAGAUAUUUCGAUUCUCUCACGGAAUAAUACACGAUAAUAAUUUCUACACAUCUUGAUUCUGUUCGGAUUCUUUUAUCAAAUAUACUUUCUCGAUUUUAUUUGAAGAUUUAUGAUAUCUUAAUAGCAUCUUAAAAGCCAUGAUUAAACAUGCGUGACUUAUUUAAUCGAA